CCGCGGCGCCGCAGUUCCACCGUCCCCUCGGAGCCGCCGGUCCGCCCAGUGGCUGCGCAGCAGCGGCCGCGUCGACCCCCGCAGCCCGUCGCGGGCCCGAGAGCGCCCGGUGCCGCCGCGCGCCGUCCCCACCCAGCGCCAUGGCCGCGGUUGGCGGGCGGGGAGGCGCCGAGCGCUGCCCGCCCUCGGUGCCGCUGCUGCUGCUGCUGCUGCUCGCGGGCCCCGCUUGGUGCUGGAACGACCCCGACAGAAUGCUGUUGCGGGAUGUGAAGGCUCUAACGCUCCACUAUGACCGCUACACCACCUCCCGGCGGCUGGAUCCAAUCCCCCAGCUGAAAUGCGUUGGAGGCACUGCUGGCUGUGAUUCUUACAUCCCUAAAGUCAUUCAGUGUCAGAACAAAGGCUGGGAUGGCUAUGAUGUGCAGUGGGAAUGCAAGACUGAUUUAGACGUUGCCUACAAAUUUGGGAAGACAGUGGUGAGCUGCGAAGGCUACGAGUCGAGUGAGGACCACUACGUCCUCAGAGGCUCCUGCGGCUUGGAGUACAACUUAGAUUACACCGACAUUGGCCUGAAGAAGCUGAAAGAGUCUGGAAGGCACGCUGGCUCUUCCUUCUCUGAUUAUUACUACAAGUGGUAUUCUGCAGACUCGUGUGGCCUUGGGGGACUGCUCACGAUUGGGGUGUUGCUUACCAUUGCCUUUGUGGUGUAUAAGUUGUUCCUCAGUGACGGGCCGUGCUCUCCGCCGCCGUAUUCCGAGUACCCUCCAUAUAAUCACCAUUCUCAGGGGUUCACCAACAACGCAGGACCCCCUCCUCCAGGCUUCAAGACCGACUUUACAGGACCACACAAUACUGGUCGUGGUGCAGCAUCCGGUUUUGGAAGUGCCUUUGCAGGACAACAAGGAUAUGAAAAUUCCGGACCAGGGUUCUGGACUGGCCUGGGAACUGGAGGAAUACUGGGAUAUUUGUUUGGCAGCAAUCGAGCAGCAACACCCUUUUCAGACUCAUGGUACUACCCAUCUUAUCCUCCUUCGUACUCCAGCGCGUGGAAUAGUCGUGCUUACUCCCCGCUUGGUGGAGGCGCCGGGACCUAUUCGGCAUGCUCGCAUCCAGAGACAAAAACCAGGAGCGCGUCAGGUUAUGGUGGUACUAGAAGACGAUAAAGUAGAAAGUUGGAAGUCAAACACUGGAUGCAGAAUUUCUGAUUUGUCAUCACUUCCUCUUUAAAAAAAGUGCCACUUGCUAACAUCUGGGAAAAGGGGAUAUCCCCAAGUUCUGUGGCCUUUUGUCCUGUAGAGCUUUUUGUAUGCUAUUGUCUGUGGCGCAGAGUGAUACAUGUGACAAAGUGCUUCUGUACUGUGUGGUAGUGCCGCGUGUAUGUGUACUGCAGUUGUUGAGGGCAGUGAUUACUGUGAAAUGCCGGGAACGUAGUUUCCUUCUCUUCUCAGCCCUGUGAUGCCCCGGCACGCACUGAGCCCGAAGGUGCUGUGCUGAUAGGGACCGAGAAUACGCCUAGCUGGUUUACCUCAGAGAAACAAUAUUCUGUUCAGCAUCACCUUAUUUGGCAUUUGCUGUUCUUUGAGCAGUGAAGCCGGGCUUCGGACUACUAAUUAUGUUUGCUAAUUUGUGGCUUGGGCUCACUUUUGUGACCCUGAGCGUUGAGUCCUAGGGUGGUGAGCUUUUGGCAAGUGAGUAUUACCUUUUAUAGGAAAAGGUAGGAAAGAAGCAUGUGCCGUUGUUCCGAAUGAUUGUGUGCUGACAAAUACGCUUGAAACCCCUAGAUUUCAAUUCCCAGAGGUAAAAUACUAAUGCUUUCACAAGGGUCUUUUCAUAGUAAAAGCAUGCAGUUCUCUGUGGACCCUUAAGUGAUGUUGUAACCGUCUGCUCCAAUCUUACAUUAAAAUGACAGAAUAAAUAAAAA